AUGACCAGCAACCCGACGCGGCUUCUGCACAUCACAUCUCCCUCGGAAGUCCAGCUGGUCGAUGCCCGACAGGAGAUGGCGCUCGUCAGAUACACCGCGCUGAGUUACUGCUGGGGCAGCCCUGACGACGAGCAGACCCAGCGGGGCAGGACGACGGAUGGCAACUUUGCCUCUCGGCACAACCAGCCCUUCCUCAUUGCAGAGCUGCCAGCCACGAUCCGAGAUGCAAUCACCAUGACGCGGGGCUGCGGCCUCGAGUAUAUCUGGGUCGACUCGGUCUGUAUCAUCCAGGGAAACGUGGACGACUGGUUCACCGAGGCGAAUCGCAUGCACGAGGUGUACGCCAACGCGUACUUUACUAUCUGUGCGGCUUCGGUCGACAGUGCCUCAGCGGGGCUAUUCCACACACGACAGGCAUGGAAGUACAGUACCGAGCCUUAUGCUUUAUAA